GCUCAGGUCAAGAUCAUGGAAGCGACGGUGAACAAUGCAGAAAAGUAUCUCGGCCAAUUCUGCAUGCUCCUGGCUUCCUACACACGCAAGAAUGCAAGGCUGAGAGACAAGGUUGACCUGCUGAUAAAACAGAUUAUGGACUUUGCAAACACCGAAAAUCCAGAGUUACGAAGGUGCCUCAAGGACUUUGGAGAGGAGUUGUCAAAGAUUCAGGACUAUCGCCAGGCAGAGGUGGAGAGACUGGACGCCAAGGUUAUUGAGCCACUAAAGGCUUACGGUCCCCUGACAAAAUCCAAACGGGCAGAUAUCAAGAAAUGUAAUAGUGUCCGCAAUCGUGAAAUGAAGGAACUUGAAAACCUGCAAAAGUUGAAACAGAGAAACCCCUCGGACAGGCAAGGGAUUUCGCUGGCUGAAGCCAAUGUGCAGAAGGCUUCAGUCGAUGUCAAUCACACCACACAUCAGCUGGAAGAGAUCAUUCUCAAAUUUCAACUGCAAAAACUGAAGGACAUUAAGGCUAUUUUCUCAAACUUUGUGACCAUCGAGAUGAUAUUCCAUGCCAAGGCCCUUGAGAUGUACACGAAUGCUGUUCAACACCUGAACAACUUUGAUGAAGAGAAGGAUCUGGAGGCAUUUAAGUCAAAAGUCUCCAUCAGUGAACUUGAGAAUGAUGCACGGCCAUCCCACAGCAGCUCCACCUUUGAACAAUCCCAACCAGGUAAACUCCUGAGAGAGGCAAGAAAAGAGAGAAAAAAGUCCAAUGGCAAUAAGCUCGAGACAACACCAAGGGUUCUUCAUGCCCAUUUUCAGGAAGAUGAGUCAGAGGAAGAGGAAGAAGAAGAGGAAGAGGUUGAAGAAUUACAGGAUGUCAGUGACGAUGAAUACAAUCUGUAUGCGAAAGUUAGAAAAUGAGUCAUCUGUUACUGGUGAAAAGCGAAGUUCACUUCGCAAUAAUAUAUUCCCAAUGAUUGCUUCAGGAAGUAAAAUUAUUUAUAUAGUAUCUAGGCCAAGCCAACCAUUUGUAAAAGUAAUUGAUAGCCACCUGUGGCUGUGAUGUCUGGAAACUGUCUAACACCCAAUGAUUGAUUGGAGUCUCUAAAAUGGAUAGAUAGCAGAGCACCAAACUCUUAAGUUUUACAAUCAAAUGUGAUCCUUGACAUUCAUGUUUCAAAUUGGUUUAGAGGAGCAGCUCUGAAUGAACAAGGAUGGAAGGGAAAUAAAUUUUAUUAAAGAAAUACAUAGGCAACUGUCCUGCCAUUGAACUUGUAUCUAACCAGUGAAACAUGGGAAUUAUAUUAAGGGAACAGAAAGAGAAAAAUGAACACAUGUACAGGUCAAAUAUAGAUUUAUAGAUUCUUUGUAAUUUCCCUUUUUUUAUGCUCCCUUUAGAAUCCCUUAAACAUUUUAAUAUUUUUGUCACCUGCUUUGUGUCCUCUGUCAAAUUUUACACACAGUUGCUGCAUCUCUUUGGUACUACAUUCUUUAUCUUAUGUUACUUCUCCUCAUUCUUCUAACCAAAAUGGAUCAAUUCAUAUUUCUCUGCAUUAAAUCCCACGUGCCAAUUCAUGCGUUCUACCAGCUUGACUAUGUCCUCAUGAAAUAUAUCACUAUACACUUCCAACUUUUGUGUUAUCGGAAGAAUUUUUGAAAUUGUGCCCUGCACACACAAGUCUGGGUCAUUAACAUUUAUCAAGUAAAGCAGCAAUCCCAACCUGACCUUAAGGAAAUCCAACUGUACACCAUUCUCCAACCACCUUAUUUUUUGGCACUCGGCCAACUUUAUAUCCAUGCUACACCACCUCCCCCUUCCUUUUAUUGUGACAGCAUCAAUUUUGCUGAAAAGUCUGUCAUGUACUACUUUAUCAAAAACAUUUUACAAGUUUUCAGACACUAUUUAAUCAAGUUACCCUCACCAGUCAUUUCUCUAAGCAAAAACCGAAAGAACUGUGGACACUGUAAAUCAGAAACAAAAAUAGAAAUUGCUGGAAAAGCUCAGCAGGUCUGGCAGCAUCUGUGGAGAGAAAUCAGAGUUAACGGUUCAGGUUGAGUGACCCUUCAAGAAGGGUGCCGGACCUGCUAGGCUUUUUUAGCAAUUUCGAAUUUUGCUAAUCAUUUCUGCCAGAUUAGCAAAAGACUCAAAGCACAAAUUGCCCUUAACCAAAGGGGUUCCUGAUGUCAUUCACAGGGAUCUGGGUGUACAGGUACACAGGUCACUGAAAGUAGCAACGCAGGUGGAAAAGGUAGUCAACAAAGCACAUGGC